ACCCGGGCCGGGGUCCUCUUAUAUACUGUCUAUGUGUGAAGGGAAGUUAAUAAAUACAUAGCUAAAAGAAACUAUCCACUUUCUUCCAGACGAGUUGGUUUAGUAACUUUAACCGCGUUUUGUUAACGUACGAACGUAAUUCGGUGCAGGGUAGUCUCCAAUAGAUAACCAACGUAUCUUGUUUCUGGGAACUUUAAAAUUUAAAACAGUUACAUUAUCCUGGUACUUUCAGCUAGCUUAGCUGAAUGUGUUGAGCACAGUCCCUUUGCUGUGUUCAUAUUUCCACUUAGGGAGAUGGAGAGUUAUCCCGCAGUCACUGACGGCGAUUCUACAAAACACCAAGAAAGACAUUACUACCUGUUAUCUGAACUGCAAACCUUAGUCAAAGAUUUACCAAGCUCCUUCCAGCAGCGCCUGUCCUACAGCACGCUGGGUGACCUGGCUCUAGCACUCAUAGAUGGAACGGUCUAUGAGAUUGUGCAGGGGCUUCUGGAUAUUCAGCAUCUCACAGAGAAAAAUCUGUACAACCAGAGGCAAAAGCUGCACUGUGAACACCAAGCACUCAAACAAGAUCUUGUACGAAAACACAAAGAUGCCUUGCAGUCAUGCAAGUCUCACAACCUCGCGCUUCUCAAAUCUAACCAACAAGCGGAGCAAGAGGCUCUGGAAAUUCGUGUGCGAGAGGAACAAAGAAUGAUGGAUAAGAAGAUUGUAGCAGAGAUGGAUCAAAAGGUGAUAGACCAGCAAAACACCUUGGAGAAAGCAGGAGUCCCUGGAUUUUAUAUCACCACUAAUCCUCAGGAGCUGACAAUGCAGAUGAACCUACUUGAAUUGAUCCUCAAGCUUCAACAGAAGGAGUCACAAUCUGGAAUUAUUUGAGCAAGAGGCCUGUUUGUGCCAAAAGAGGGGUAAAAGUCAUGCAAUGGCCACAGACUGCGUAUGCUCAAAUUUCAGUAAUUGUGAGAUGCAACUUGUGUCAGUCAACAUGUGGCAUUGUUCUCUUUCACAUGUUUACCACUUGCUGUUAUAAGGGUAAUAUUCACCAGAAGGCUGGUUCUCGAGUGGAUCAAGGAAGACGUUUCCAGUCCUGGGAGAGAGCAGUAGCAGAUUGAACAUAUUGUAAAGCCCUUAAAAUGCCAGGACACCCAUUGUGAAAUUAUGAAAUGAAUGUGUUGCAAGUCCUUUACAGACACACAUUAUACAAUAUAAUUGAGUGUUGAGGGAGCCCGAAAUUAAAUAGUGGAGCGUCAAUAUGUAUGGGAUUACUGUUGUGACCCUCCUGCAGUGAGAUGGCCUCCUGAGUGUCAUGUAUGUUUUGCUACUAUUGAUACUUUAAUGUGUAUCGUGUUGUUUAUCUGUUUAGUUUGUUUUAGUUGUGCUGGUACUAGGGGUGCAAAUUAGAUUUUGAGCUUACCCCUUCACAUUUACAUUUUCUUUUUUCCUUAAAUGUGAGUGUUGGUUAAAGGGUCUGUACUCGUAAGGGCGUCCAGAGUCGAUAAUGAAGUCACACUCCCUCUGUGUGUUGUAACCAGAGCUUCUCUGUUCUUUUUUCUGGUAGCUGGUCCGGCCGCUCAUGCGUGCAUUUGUCUGUAAAAAGCGUGGAGGCAACCCCAAUUUUUUUUUUUCUUCAGUUUUUUGAUUAUUGCCCCACAUAAAUAAGCAACAAUGAACAAUUGAAUUCAUGAUAUAUUUUGCAUAUAAUCUAAACCAGUAUGGAUGGUAGCAUUAAAUAUUUUGACAUUUCCAUUACAUGAAUAUUUGUUUUCAUAAAACGAAAGUUCUAAAAAUAAGAAAAUGUCUUUGUCUUUUGUAAAUGAUUUAACAGAAUUGAGUUCUGUUAUUGUAAAUCGUUCUCAGUGCAGUGAUUUGUAGCACUGUGUUCCAAAUAAUUUAAUCACUCCAUGAGCAUCUUAUUAAAACAAGCACAUCAGAUUUAUUGCCGAGUAAGUUUACACUUGCAAGGCCUCGGGGUAUGAAGUGCAUACAGUAAACAAUAAAAAAUAUUAAAAAGGCAACAAACUAAGCACUGCUUUAGUCAAGAACAUAAAUACAGCAUAUACAUAAUACAAUAAAAGCAUGUAAAAAGACACAACAUAAUAUGUGCAAUAUAACAGUUUUAGAAAGGAAAAGAAGGCUGUACAAUUUGUGCAGGGUGUGCAAAGAUAUUUGCCUGUUCCCCUAUUGAGAAACAUUUACAAACUCAGGCCUGUUCUGUCUUAAACUGAGAUGGAUAUGAUUACAUUUGUGUUUAUUUGAUCCCAACUGGACUAUUAAGUUAUUUAUUAUAUCCAUCUUUACAUCAUAGGAGAACCAUCAGAGGUCCAGAAUGCUGCUGCUAAGCCUCUGAUGAGGUCCCAACAGUAGGUCUCCUAUCACAUCAAUCUUCUCUGCACUACUGACCUUUUUAUGAUCACCUAGUAAAGGCCCCAUACGCCUCACUAUUGUGAUUAACUCUUCCCACAAAUCUUCAGUUGGCCUCUUAUGUCUCCUGGCAAGAUUUUAACAGCUGUCACUUGGUAUUAAAAACAGGGGAUGCAGCAUGCUUGCCUCUAGGUGUGGACACAUACUAGAACACCUCUCCUGUAUUGUUUUUGUACUGUUCCCAGACAGCAAGCCAACAUUGAAUAAAUAUAGAUUUUCCAUCUGAAUCCUCAUUGUGGUUGAUAUUGAAAUUUCAAUGCAAAAUAAAUGUUGAAUCACCAUUACCAUAUUGAUGAAACCUGACGUUAUUAAUGUGGAUGGCAACAACAAGCUUGCUCAUGUAAUGUUCGAUAUGAAUGAAUUGUACCAAAUUUAAAUACUGUUACUCACCUGACAUGAUGGUUAGUGUAGUAGGCUAACCCAUGCAGUGAUGCAGUCAUUGAAAUAGAUUUUGUUAAACCAAUGUCAAAAUCUGCCAAAGUUAAUGUAACUUCACACUGAUGGCUAUCUUUUUGUCUAAGUUUUAACCUUUCCUCUAUUUAUUUAUUUUAUUACUUGUCUUCAUAUUUGUGUCUUUCUUUGUCUUUGCUGUCAAUCUCUUUCCUACGCGAUUUGGAGCUGACAACAAGGCUAGUGCCAUUGUAGGAACCAUGUUGUAAUAUUCUUAGAGAAAUAUGUACUCAUAUGACAGUGUACACCA